AUGUUUUCAUUGUGGCCGAAACCGUUUGGUGGGGCCGUGAAACGGGUCGUUCUGAAUUUCGAUCUGUUCGGGGAAAAUUGUGUGCGUGGUUGUACCGGUGGAUCAGGGAGAUGGGAAGAGGGGAGUAUUUGGUUUUUUCCGAUUGGUGUUUUGUUCUUCGAUCUCUCCAGAGUGGCUAGACUGAUUCCAGAUACUGUAGAUCGAUUAGCGUAUAUGGAUUGCCUCAAUUUAUUCAGUUUACCUUUGCUAUUGUUUCGACUGCUUUAUUGA